CAAUCAAACGUUUGAGCAUUGGACUUUUAAAGAAGAUUGAUCGAUCAUUGUUGUAUUUUUCUGUUGCAUAAUUUACUUCAUAGCUUACGAUAUGUCUAGUGAGCUUGAACCAGAAACCGUAUAUGACAUGGUUGUAGUACACCGAGAAAAUGAUGUUCGUGUAGUAACACUGCAGUUAUUUCAGCUAUACACUCUCCGUAAACUUGAUCGCCAUUUCAAACCAGUCAUACCCUUUGGUCCUCACCUCUUCGGAAGUGGAAAGACGAAAUUCGUACAAAGUUACUUGGAACUGGUGAAUAAUAUGGGUGAAAGUGCACUGAUAGGUCUCGAUUACGUUUAUGAGUCUGAGAAGGCCAACCGAAGAGGUUUCCUGGAGAAAUUAAAAAGGGCUUCGUUGCUUUAUGCGGAUUUAAGGCGGUUGGAGCCCACAGUCCCCAUAGAGUUUUUUCGAAACCUGAAGUGGGCAGUCUACUAUUUGUUAAUAAAGGCUGCCUGCUCUCAAGUUGGCGCGGAAAUUUUUCGAAAGAUUCCUUCUGAUCAAUAUCUUCUGAUAGCAUUUGAUGAAGUUGGUGUCCUAGACGAAAGUCUCGACGAAUUUCAUUUCAAGAGAACCCAUGACGGAAGAGUUCGACCUUACAAUGACUUUUUCGGUAUCAUUAGUCAAUUGUGCAAAGAACCCGACUUGUUUUUUAUUGUUGUUGGGAAAAGUGAAGGCUUAAAUAUAUAUAAUUACGUAGCUUCAGUCUCAAGGGUUCAGUUAGUGUUUAUUCCUCUUUCGCCGCUUGAGAAACAUAGUAUCGUGGAACAUUUGGAGAAAAGUUCUUCCUUUUUAUUCCCUGGGAGCCCAAAGGUUUCAGAAAUUCUUUGUCACAAAGACUUCUCAACUAGUGAACUUGCAGAAUUGUUGUUGGAAUUGACUGGUGGUGUUCCUGGUUUACUUGUUCGAGCAAUCAGUUACCUUUUGCUGUAUAAAUCAUCCAACAACAAUUUCUUAUUAUCUAAGGAAACCUUCUUGAUCAUAAUGAAUGGUUUUUUAGUAACAAAUUAUUGUGUUGCGCCAUUCUUACCUCGUCUGAUAAGUCUCAGUGAGCAGCGUAAGCGCUUGUUAAGAAUGCUUACGUUAUUAUCUUUGUAUCGUAUUCGAUUUGAUUUUGAUGAAACUGUGCAAAUAAGCUCAAAUUCUGAUGUGUUUUUGUUUGAUCUAGUUACAGAUAUGUGUCUCUAUCGUCGAUUGGUUAUAGAACCAGACUGCAACGAGCGCUACGAAGUGUUGAUUCCCAAGUUACUGAUUGAAUAUAUUGACCAAGGCUUAAAGGAUGAUCGUUUAGAAUGGUUACUUUUACAAACCCUCAAGUCUCAAUCUGUUGAAUUCUUUUAUGAGUCGAAAUGUCGAAUUUUGGAAGGUCUUAUUGCUACACUGUUUUAUUUACAUUUUUCUCGGCGUUCUACAAACAGCUCAAUGUUUUCUACUCUUGGUCAAUUGUCUCGUGUUUGGAAUGAAAUGAAUUUACAAUUUUCUUCCGAAUCUGCUGCUUAUUAUAUGAAAUCUAUACAUUAUACCAGAACUGUAUCAGGAAUGGAGAGAAUGACAUUUGGAAGCAAUAAUGAAUGGGAAAGGAUAGUGGAAGAAAUGUUAGAAUUUGAAAGGAUAUAUAUUCCAUUUCAUUCAACUUUUCAUAGUCCGAUAUAUUAUUCAUUCAAGUUGCAUGGAAGAACGAAUGAGAAGAACUUGAUUGUGGGUAUUGCUUGUAAAGGCCGAUGGAGUCGUAAUGGUAUUCGAUGGAAUGAAAUUUUGGAAGAAGCUCACAAGUUUUUAAAAGCAGUGCAUGAUCAAGUAUUGACUAGUCAUCCUACAUGGCAUUGUAUGUUGAUUAUUAUGAGUACUCAAUUAGCAACCAACGUAUCUGAGGACUUGAAUCAUUCUAGUCGUUGUUAUUCAUCUGGCGAUAGUGUUGGAGAAUUCUUGAUUCCUCACAACUGUGAAUUGGUUAUUCUUUCUGAAGCUGAUGUAGAAAACUUUAUUGGCAAAGACAUUUUAUCAAAUUUAAGGAAGGCUUUCAAGUCUGUGGAUAAUCCACAUUCGAGAAAUAUUGGCGUUUCAACCCUACAAGAAAUAGUUUUAUCUCUUUCCAAAAAUAUUUAGGAAUAUCUUGUUUUAAUACCUGACAAUUUUUCCAAAAAUAGACACUUUCAAAAGUUGUUAUGAAUCGGGCUAUUUUAUAAGACACUUUCAAAAUUAUGUCAACUUCAGGAAAUUUAUUCCUCUAACCACAGUUGCAUGUUUUGGAUGAUACAUUCUAUUGUUAUUGGCAGUAUAGUGUAUAAAUUGAGGUUACAACAAAGCCGAACUCUGACUUCAAAGCUCCUCUGGUUUUCAUGAAAAGCAACUCAUAAUUUUCUUUUUGACAUUUUCUUAUAGUGACAAGAGGAAUGUUCCUCUCGUACAGAUAAAAUGUUCCAUAAUGGAAAGAGAAUAUCAUGUUUGAUUUUUUUGAGAAUAAACGAUUCCAUGCCUAAUCAAUGAGUAGUUAUUUUUUUAUCCUAGAUGUUGUUCUACUAUAGAACUUUCUGGUUGUAAACUUGACUUUAUUUUAAUAGGACAUUGAAUGUUAUACAAGUGUGUCUCUGAUAAUACUGAAACUUUCAUUUUUCUACUUUACAAUGCUGUAGGAAAGGAACAUCACAA